AUGGCCGAUGCAACAACGCCACGCAGCACGACGGUGGUCUCGGCGGCGCGCCUCCGACGCCUCGCCCACGACCGCGAGGCCAAGCGUGCGGCCCGCAGCGCCUACAUUGCCGAGUCGACGCAGCUUCAGACCACGGUGAAAGCGCUCACGCACCAGCUGUACCGCAUCCGAGGCACGCUCGUGCCGUGGAAGGAGGUUGCCGCCGAGCUCCGGCACAUGAGUGACGUGGCCGUGCUCACGAACCGCCAGCUACAGCACCAAGUACUGUACUACCGGCAACUCGCGGUCCGCCUCGACACUUGGAUCCAGCGAAUGCAGCCGCCCACAAUCGCGGCGGGCCUCGCCUUUGACGCGUGGCGCGACGUCUACCUCGCAAGCGACAAGGAGACGCGGGCGAUGGGCCUUUCGUGGAUCACCAAGCAGCUCUUCCACGCGUCCGAAGCACACACGGCGCCGUCGCUCUUCCCACAUGCGAUCGAGGACUCGGUCAAAGUCGAGUGGGGACGCCGCGGCCGCCAAUUUAUUUUUCAAAAAGUGAUUGCCGGGUCAAUGCAAGACGCAGCCAAGACGUUGUGGUCGCUCAACCGCGCCGAAGGCAACCACAUCGUUCCAGGCAAGCAAAUCCCCGACGGUCUCGUGCACGUGCUCCACGCCACCGAAGAAAAUAGCCAGCGCGUGAGCUACGCACGUGAAGAAUUCAUGGAAGCGUUUGGUCCGUCGGUCGAGCACGUGCUGCAUCUCCGCGUGAUAAAGAAAGACCGAAUCUUGAUCAUGGCCCGCACGAUCGCCCAAGACGCAGCGUUCGCCCCGCGCGUGGUCCGCCAGUCGUGCCGCGAAUGGUAUGGCUUCAACGGCAGAAAAACGACACUUUUGUCCAUGCGUAGGAACGAAAUUCGAGAUAUUGGCAAUGGCCAGAGCCUCGUGCGCUCGGUGGUGUUUGCCGAGCCCGCGGCGGCGUACGAGACGAUGACCGAGUACGUGCUUGAUCUCUUCCCGCUCGAGUACGAGCGCGCGCUUGCGAUGCGCAAGGACGAUAUGGUCGUCGGGUCCCUCGAGUGGGAAAACUAUCUCCACCGGUUCAUGCUCACGCUCGGCGUUGCUUGCUCGCGCCACUACUUCGCUUUUUUCGACAAAAUCCUUGGCGAUGUCCAGGACCGACCACACUUGUACUCGUUUUAA